AUGGAAGACCCGGCUCUGACGCGGCGACUGCUGCAACAAGAUAUUGACGCAGGCUACUUGAUGCAUUUGCCUGGGGGCGCCGCGGAGGCUCGUGAUAGGUGGGGCGACAACGUUGCUGCUGGAAAGCUGGGAGUUGCCUGUGCUCCCGGAAAGAAACCCCGGCUGAUUGGGGAUGGAACUGUCAGCGGCGCAAACCGCCGCGCGAAGAUCUGCGAGAAGGUGAGGCUUCCAAGCUUGGAGUCUUUGCAGCGCUUCGCAGGUCGCGUGCCCACCUCGAGGUCCUUCACAGCAUUUUCGUCUGAUAUACGCGGGGCGCACAAGCUGGUGCGCGUGAGGGAGUCGGAGCAAGGCUUUCCUGCGUGCAUUUUGGAAGAUGCUUGUCCGAAAAUGAAGCAUGGCUGCGCGGAGUGCGUUUUCUACAACUACCAGAACCCCACGGUCAAAGGUUGCCAGGCAUCUGCGCAAGCUUCUGUCCCUCUACGUUUUGCAGAUGCGGACGGUGGCUUAGCCGCAGCAGAUGCCUUUGCCACUGCUGAGGUUGGCGGCCUGGGUGGCUGGUGGAUCAAGCCUGGGUGCGGCUUGGUGCGUUCAAGAGUCAGCUGGUUUAGCUUCCAGCUGACUAGGGCUGAGCUGCCGGAUUGGUUUCGGAACGGCGCUGGGGCGCAGCUGCUCUUGCUGCUGGCGUGA